GUCGAGUCCACGGGUUUGCGGCCAUGGACAAGGUCUCGGAGCUGCAGCAAUGCGUCGACCAAAUGGCGCUCGACAUGUUCAACGCGCUGCGGCUGCUGCCGUCGAUGGCCAAGGACGCGUCGCCCGAGGAGGUCAAGGAGCAGCGUGAGCGCGUCAAGGGCCUCGCGCGCGACCUCUUGCUCACGGCCAAGAAGACCAACGACGUCAUCGACAGCCUCCCGGGCCUCGACAAGACCGAGGACGAGCAGCUCGACGAGAUGGCCAAGCUCCAGCUUGCGAGCGACGAAGAAGCACGCAACCUCUUUGAGGCUGAAGAAGAAGCGCUCCUCUGGAACCAGCGCGCCCAAGAGUCGCUCCGCGUCAUCUGCGAUACCCGCUUGAAGCGCUCGGACGCGUAAACCAGCUUUCUACCUCGAUAUCUAUAGCAUUCCCACUCGUCAUGAUCAUAUCC